AGGGAACAAUUUAGAGGAUUCCGAACGUAGGAAAACAGUCCAGAGCAGACCAAAUUUUUCUGGUUUGGUUUAAUGAAACAGAAGUAGACGCUAUCAAAGGGGAGUAACAGAGUCAUCUGUGGGUAAACAAAGCACUCUAUCAGCACAUUGGUUCGCUUCACCAGUUUUAUUCGCACGCAAGAGAACGAUGCAUCUUGCAUCACAACCUCUGCCAUUAUUGACAAAGUGACUCGACUGGGUCUUAGACAGUUGAAACGAGAGUUGGAAUCCGGUGACAUUAGAAGAAUUUAUCAGAAAUUUAACAUUCAAAAUUUAGCAACAAAGGGAAUGUCAAAUAGAAAUCCAGAAUAAAAGUUGAACCUCUUAAAAAAACCCUCCCACUAGAUACUGGGCAGGACCAAGGAUCUGUGGGAAGAGUCCAAUAAAUACAGGUUCAUAGGUGUGAGAACCUCGCUGUGCCAAAAUGAACGGUCUGAACCACAUGAAGGGAAUGACCAAGCCAGUUAACUUGUGUAGAGUAGUGGAAAGGAUAAACAAUUUUCUUUUACCAACAUCGAGCCGCAACGAGUGCAUUCCCUUCUACGUGGAUUACAAACAAGUGGGAAUAGUUCAACCAGACGUUGCCCUACUGCUUCAGGAACACCCAGAAAUCUUCACAGUCAGCAGCACGGCCAUACACCUCAACAACAAGUAUGGAUCCUGCGAGGAGAGGACCGAGAUCAUGAAAGUAUUUCUGAAUGGUCUGAGGGAGGCAGGGCAUCUUAACAGAGCCCUGAAGGGGUGGAGAAAUGAGACCUACAACAUUCGUCAUUCCAUGAGUGAACCAGUCUUGUUCAGAAUGGAGCGCUCCGCUGCUGGACCUUUCGGAGUGACAACUUAUGGAUGUCAUAUCAAUGGUUACACGUAUAAGAACGGGGAGAUGAUGAUGUGGGUAGCCAAGCGCUCACCAACCAAGCAGACCUACCCCAAUCUGUUGGACCAGUUCGUAGCCGGGGGGCUGAGCUCCGGUCUAGGAUUCAGAGAGUGUGCUGAGAAGGAAUGUCAAGAAGAAGCAUCUGUGCCUGAAAAAUAUCUCAAGAAUCUCAAGUCUACAGGAACAGUCAGCUAUGUUCAUGAAGAUGAGAGGGGAGUUCACCCUGAAGUGGAGUUUAUAUAUGACUUGAAGCUCCCUGAGGACUUUGAACCAAUCAAUGCCGAUGGAGAAGUUCAAGAGUUCAAACUGUACCCAGUGACCCAGUUACAAGAAAUGAUUGUCCUUGAUUCAUUCAAGCCAAAUAGUGCGGCCAUUGUUCUGGACUUUCUUAUACGACACAACAUUAUUAAUCCUGAUAAUGAACCGUCCUAUUGUUUUCUGGUGGAAAUGCUACACUACCCUGUACAGACUUUGUUUAACACACUCCCCACAGAAGCCUGAGGAGAUUGAGGAGAAGGAGGAGGAGAAAAAGGAGGGGUGGGUCUCUUGC